AUGGACCCAUCGAAAUGGCAAUAUCUUGUAGAAGGUGGAGAAAAUGCGAUCUAUGAACAAACUACAACAACCUCAUCAGGAGGAUCUUUCCAUCAAUUGUUGCGAAUAAGAAAACAAGAUUUGGCUCUUUCCGAUCAAAUGGUUUCUUGUUUUUCGAAGACAAAAGCCUGCCAUGACAAAGCUGAAAACUCAAAAAGUUAUUUGGAAGGUGUCGUCGCACCUCUAUUGGAACCCUACAUCGAUGUUCCCGCUACCAUCCACCUGGAAUGGUCCUUUGUCGCAGCAUUGAAACAGCAAACAAUGGAACAUGGCUGCAUCCCCGAUGCUCGAAAAAGCAGCUGGAACCUUCCACCGAAAAUAAAUGGAGAUAGUCUGGGCUCCGACAAUAUGGAGCGACAGGUAAGGGCCCAGCUGAUACCCGACUAUCGAAUGCUCCCGGUGACACCCACAAAGGAUGAUGAUACUCACCUCAUCCCAGCAACAGCCGUCCUCAGUGUGGAGCUGAAACCAAAAGCUGGUUAUCUUGCGUGUUCGCCACUAGUCCAGCCGAAACACAGAAUAAAGUAUCAACAUUCACGUUACGUGCUCAAGCAGAAACUAUAUCAACUCGAGCAGCAAGAAGUUAUCAGAUCAGGCUGGUCUUCUGCUGAUGGUCAAGUCCAGCAAAGCCAUUUUGAUCCAUUGAACCUAUACUCGGGCGAUCCGGAACGAAUUCAAAAGGCAAUCCAAGAGCUUUUUCGUUGUCCUCAGAAUAAUCUUCGAGUCACUUGCAAUAAGCAAUUGUUCUUGUCCAAAGAAAAGGAUGGCUCACCAGCAUACAGUGAAAAUGCUGAAAUGUUGAGUCAGGAUAUUCUAUCGGAAUGGAUUGGUGGUGUCGGCAGUAGUAGUCUGGACGUUCUAUCGACCAUGAUGAUAAAUAUUUCCAACUGGCUCGUGGGGGUCUUUCAACAAGAAACUGUGCUCCAACGCUUGCAAAAAUUGCAAAAGUUGGACAUUGUGGACGCUGAUGGAGCAAUCCUUUUAUACCAUCGGCUAGUAGAAUUGUGCAAGGGUUCGCACGAAGAGGCACAAUCUCUCUUGGACAAUGUGAUGACAAUGUUGAGGAAAGAGACAGACGGAACGCCGCCACUGGAGGACUCGCCAUUUGCAUGGUCCCAAACAAAUGACAGCGAUGACUUUCUACCCAACUUCUGUCGCAAAAUCAAAGAAUUUGAAAAGAGUCUAUUGGAGGUCGCCCCCAAGUUGCCGCCUGAGAAGUUUUUGGACCACCAUCAUGAGGAAAUGAUGAAAAUGAUACAAUCAAUGGAUUCUUCUGACUGCCAGUAUUUACUCUGGAACUGGCUUUUGUCAUUGACGCUGAAUGAUAUCAGUAUCUUUGUUACUUUUCAAAAAGUAAAAGUGCCAUUCGAAAAGAAUUUCCAAGAGCUGGAUUCUAGUCCAAUAACAACAGGUAGCAGAAGUCAUGGGAUUCUGAAGUUACCGCGAGAGAACAAAGAGGAUGAUGUCCAUUUGGCCUACACAAUACGGAUUAUUGAUUGCGAUGGAAAAGCUUCCAACAAGCUCCGCAAACGAUGGAAGAAAGAAGAGCCAUUUGCACUACUACUGUGA